AUGGAGCGCCUCAUCUACCAAGCCUUCGAACACAUUGACGAUCUCGGCCCACACGUCCACGAGGGUCACUACGAUCUAGAGGGGCCCGAGGGAGAACUCAUCCUCAAGGAGAUUUGGGACACAACCAUCCAGCCGGGCUGGCAGAUCACCAUGAAGAUGUGGCCCUUGCAGCAACACCCC